AUGGAUGCAGACGAAGGCUCUGUUAACUUAGAUGUCUGGGAAAAAGUAGGAAAACAGCUAAAAACUUACCAUGCCGAACAUGGCUCAGAAAAUGUCCCUAAUGACGCUUUUUCCUUAUGGAACAUCAUUAGAGAUGUCUUAGACCCUGCCCCCGAUUCAGAAAAAGUACAUCUUAAAGGGGAUAGUGAAGAAAAUGCUGUGGCUAAACCUGCCCCUGAAUCUAAAAAAGUAACCUUUAAAGAGGAAAAUGAGGUCGAAACUGUAGUUAAACCUCAGGAAAAUGAGAAAAAUGAAGACCCACCUGACUAUCGGCAACUAAGAAAAAUGUUAGCAGCCAUGACUACUCAGGAACAACUUAAAGUUAGGGAUGAGAAACAAGAUCAGCCUUCCCCAAAAGAAAAAGAGAAUUUAGGCGAGAUAAUAGCUAAAUAUCACUCUGAUGGAGAUCGGCAUCUCUUAAACAAUGAUGCCCCAAAAGGCCUAAGAGAAACUUCCCCUGUCAGGCCAUCAGCUCCAAAGAGCUUAAGGGAAACGUCUCCCAUCAGGCCAUAUGCCCCUAGGGAUUUCCAAGAGACCUUCCCAGUUAAUCCAUAUGUAACCUCUGGAUACCAAACAGUUCAAAGAGCUCCAGAGUACAGAGCAGAGAAUGUGGAACCUAUGCCAUUGCCACCUCCUCCCAUACCUCCUCCCAUACCACCUCCCAUACCACCUCCCAUACCAAGCCGUACAGGUCCUAUUAAACCUGCAUUAUUGCUGCCACCUCCCUAUCGAAGUGGGAAAAUUCCAAAAUCGAUCCCACAGAGACGGGCCUUUUCUGCCCCUGGUGAGAAAUUCGAUCCCCAACUUCAGGCUUGUUUCCCUUUAAUUUUUGACAAUGAUGAAAGAGAACAAAAGGCUAUCGACUGGGAGCCUGUUUCUUUUCAGUUGGUAAAAGAACUUAAAAAUGCAUGUAUUUCAUAUGGGCCUAAAGCCCCAUAUACGAUGCAGCUAGUAGAAAAUUUAGCAGGCCAAUGCUUAACACCUCGAGAAUGGAAAUCAAUUGCUAGGGCCUGCCUGUCCGGAGGACAUUUUAUACUUUGGAAAUCUGAAUAUGAUGAUCUCGCUCGUAUAUAUGCUUUUUCUAACCAAAAUGGAGACUUUAAACAUAUCACUGAAGCUAUAUUACUUGGACAGACCGACUACCCCUCAUAUGACGAACAGAUGAAAUUAGAUAGGACUGCUAUACAACAGGUGGCUGAUUGUGCCUUUACUGCCUGGCGCUCAUUGCCUGAUGGUAAGGCAUCAGGUGCCGCUCUAUCUGAUAUUAAACAAAAGUCAGAAGAGCCAUUUGAAGACUUUGUCUCACGACUUUCAGAAGCUGUCCAGAGAAUAAUUUCUGAUUCUGAGGCAGCUAAACUAUUAACAAAACACUUGGCCUUUGAAAAUGCUAAUUCUACCUGCCAGGCUAUACUGCGUCCUGUUAGAAGAAGUGGAUCUUUAAUUGAUUAUAUGAAACAGUGUGCAGAUGUAGGACCGUCAAUGCUACAGGGUGUUGCGAUAGCUGCAGCGAUAAAAGGAAAUACUUAUCAGCAGGCAGUCCAAUCUUUUUUUACUAACAAAAAUAAGCCAUCACAAGAUGAUCCCAAUAACCAAGGCAGGAAUGCAUUCCCUGGAACCUGUUUUUCCUGUGGCCAGAAGGGACACACUUUUCAUGACUGCCCUCAAAGAACACCCGGUUCUUAUCUGCCUAAUCCAGCCCAACAGUCUGUGUCUGCUCUGCAAAACCCUGCUCCCCUGCCCAUUAAUCCUAGGUCUCUUUGCCCUCGCUGCCAGAGAGGAUAUCACUGGGCAAGGGACUGUAGGUCAAGAUUUCAUAGAAACGGAGCCUUUUUAGGCCCCGACCAGCAGUCGGGAAACGGGUUGAGGGGCCAGCCCCAGGCCCCGACAACGAUUGGGGCAGCCUCACUGAACCCAUUCAUUCCCUUCGUCCCGUCGCAGAGCUCAUCAGAGCAACCCCAGGCAGCGCAGGACUGGACCUCAGUUCCACCACCUCAACAAUAUUAA